AGAAUUUGGUGGCACUGAGGUUAUUUGGGUGCAAAUUAGGAAUGGCGUCUAUUUAGUGUUUUAAUUAUCAUAAUUUUAAUUUGUUGAAAAACAGAAAGAAAAAAAAUAUUCAUUAAAAAUGGAUCAAAAAUACGAAGAAGAUAGUACGUCUGCCAAAACAUCUAAACAAAGUAAUGUUUUACCUCUUUGGGGCAACGAAAGAACGAUGAAUUUAAACCCAUUAAUUUUAACAAAUAUUCAAAGUUCGCACUACUUUAAAGUUAAUUUAUAUGAGUUGAAGACUUACCAUGAAGUAGUAGACGAAAUUUAUUACAAAGUUAGCCACUUAGAGCCAUGGGAGAAGGGUUCAAGGCGUACAUCAGGUCAAACUGGUAUGUGUGGUGGAGUAAGAGGCGUAGGCGCGGGUGGGAUUGUUUCUACAGCUUAUUGCCUUCUCUACAAACUGUUCACUUUAAAAUUAACAAGAAAACAACUGAAUGGACUUAUAUCUCAUUGUGACUCACCCUAUAUAAGAGCACUAGGUUUUAUGUAUAUUAGAUAUACAUUCCCGCCCGCCAAUCUUCUUGAAUGGUACGAAGAUUAUUUGGAGGAUGAAGAGGAACUUGAUGUUAAAGCUGGUGGCGGUCAAAAUAUGACUAUAGGAUUAAUGUUACGACAGUGGCUUGUCAAAUUGGAAUGGUUUUCAACAUUAUUUCCUAGAAUUCCUGUACCUAUCCAACAAAAAAUACAGAAACACUUAGAGAAUCGUUUUCCACCUCAUGCCGUCCAAGCAGCAUCAGAACGUGCAAGAGAAGAUAGACAAUUGGAAAGGGAUAGAAGAGGUCACGAACGAGAUCGUCCGAUUCGAGAAGACAUUCGACGAGAUUUUUUACGAGACGAUGAUCGUAGAUUAGACAGAGAUACUAGAUUUGAAAGAAGAGAUGCAGAUAGAAGGGAUCGAGAUUUAGAAAGACGAGAUAGAGAUAGGCUAUAUAGAGAUAGAAGUCCUAAAAGGAGUUCCAGAAGUCCACACAGAUCCCACAGACACAGAAACAGUAGUAAGGAAAGGAGAAAACGUCAUUAGUUUUAAGUUGAUAUGAUUUGGAUUUAUAAGUACCUCAUGUCAUUCGAUUCGUGCACACUAAUUACCAUAAUAUUUUCAAAUUAUCUGCCCCAAAAUUAAUUUGUUGUAAUUUUUUAUGACAAUAGAUGAUUAACACCGUA